GGAAACACACAAAUCUGAUUGAGUGUGUGACACACUUACAUUUUUUUUGCGCAUGCGUUAAGCCUCUGUAUUAACGCAAAUUGAAUUGUGCUAUUCCCAAUUUAUGUGUCAGAAACUCAAUUUUUUUUUUAUAGUCUAACUCUAUGGUUGAGAGUUUCAAAGUAAUAGCGGUGAAUUAAUCUAACCAAAAUAAUUUUUCGAUAAUUGCGGGAAAGUGGAGAUUAUCCGCAAUUUAUUUGAAGAAUUUGUGUUUUCCAAAUAACAUAACCUCAAACGUACUAAUAACUAUAGUUUUCAUUUCAUUAUAGUUGAAUUUAUUUUAUUUUUUUUAGAAAAUAUAAAAUUAUUUACGAAACUUUAUUUUCACGUGAAUAUGAGUAAAUUAAUAUCAAAACAAAAUGAUCAAUAUACUUUUAUAAGAAAUCGAGAAAGUUCAUCAAAAAAUUAUCAAAGUGUUUUUAUCAAAGAAGAAAAUAUUAAAGAAGAAGAGAAUAAUUUUGAUGUUGAUUUUAAUUCAACACAAGAUAAUUUAAAUAUAAAUCCAAUUGCCACUACAUAUGCAGAUAAUUUACAAUUGACAUCAAAUUCAGUGCUAAGGUUACUAAAUUCAAAUUUCAGAGGGAAAUUAGUUCUAGCAUAUUAUGAGAGCAAAACAGGAGUUUUAGAAAGCGAACUCAGUUCAAUUAUAAUAGAAAAUGAAUUUGAAAAUAGUUUAGAUUGCAAGAUAAAGAAAGAAAGAUUUCUUAAGCUGAGAGAUGAAAUUAAAGAAAUUUUUCCAACAGAAUUACCAGAAGCCUGGUUUUCGCCUUUAACACGCAGUAUUAAUGGGGAAGUAAUUAACCCACGUGGUAAAUUAUAUAAUAAAUAUAAUGAAAAAAGAAGAAUUUUAAACGAAAUUAAUUAUAUGAAUAAAGGACUAAAAAGAAAGCAAAAUGUAAAUAAGGACACAGUUACAGAAACAUUAUACGAUGAGGAUGUGUUGGAUUCUUUAGAUUUUUUAAAAAAUAAUAUAGAACCAGAAAAUAGAAUAAUAAAUGCGUGGAUGGCAACAACUCAAGCACGAUUAAAUUUAAAAAAAUCUGGCAUCAAUGAUUAUUAUAAUACAUUUAAAUGCUUGCAAGGAAAUUUAGGAAUUACACUGCUUCUAAAAGAUUUUGAUUUGAUUUAUAAAGAAAAUAGUGAAAAUUUUCUUCAAAAUUGGUCAACAGUAGCAAAAAAUAUUAUUAAUGUUUCAAAAAAGAGGGGUAAAAGUAGACAAUAUGUUGAACUUAAUGAAAUGCUAGAAAAAAAUAAAAGAUUAAUCAACGAAGGUAACAUAGAAUUAGUUGCACUUAUUCUUCUACCAUAUUUAUUGGGAUCGUCGUAUCGUAAACGAAAGAAGGAUAGCAUUUGGACUCCUAGCAAACAAGAUGUUCUGGAUUCUUUUAUACUUCACAUUGAGACAUACGAGGAAUUGAUAUUAUAUCAAGAAAGGAAAAGAAAAAUUUACUUAGAGGAAAAUAUAAAUUUUCAACCGUAUCCAGUAUUAUGUGGUUCAUUAGAUAAAAUUCAUAGUUCAUUUGUAAUUAUAAAUGACGUAGAAUAUUUAAUUGAUACGCCUUUAAAAGCAAUUGAUAUUUGUUUUAAAGCUUUUUUUGCACUUAAUACAAAUUAUCCUCUUGAAAGCAAAGGUUGCUGGGUGUUUCUUCAAAAAUUUGUUUUUAAUAUUCCAAUAGAGAGAGAAGACUCAGCUGUUAAUAAGCUAAUUACUCAGUUACAGUAGAAUUUUUUUUUUUUUAACUUUUAAUUUUUUUUUUGUAAUAAUAUUUUGAAUAUUUUAUCAUGCUUACUUAAAGCAAAAUUAAAAAUUUGAAUUUUAUAAUUGGUAUUGUAAAAAAUGCUUGUAAAUUUAGAAAUAUAAAUAUUUUUAUUUUUAAUAUAA